AUGAGUAGUGAAAUAGUUAAAGAUACCCCACAUCAAUCAUCAGAAGAUAAAAAAGCUAUUAGGGAUAUUCAGGAUAUAGUAGAUGUUUGUAUUCAACCAAAACCUCUUCCAGAAGAUGUGAAAGCUAGAUGUGAUUUAGUUAAUUGGAUAUAUGCAAUCACUGAAAGAUAUAGAUUAGAUAAGAUUGUUGCUUUAGAUGCUAUAAUACUUUUUGAUAAUGUACUUAACAAAUUAACUAUUUCAAGAGAUUUGAUUAUGAUGUGUAGUUUCAUUGUUGUUUCUGAAAAUAAACUCACAAUAACUCCUAUACAAUUGUUUCAAAUUUGUCAUAACAGAUUUACAUCAAAUGAAAUCAAGAGUGUUUGUAAUUCAAUUAAAAAAUACAAUUCUUAUUUGCAUCAAUCUGGAAAUCCAAUUGAUUUUUGUAUCUCUUAUUGUUCAUCAUUUGUUCAAUAUAAUAAUUCAUCAGUGUUUGUUGGUGAUUGUAUCAAGAGAAAUGCAGAAUUAAUGAUCAUUUUAAUUAGUUUUCUUCCAAGAUUUAGUAUGUUUGAUUUUAAGUUAUUAGCAUCUUCCUGUGUUUAUUUCUUUCUUAAAGAAUUUAUUCCAAUAGUUCAAAUUAAUCUAUGUUUAUUAUUUGGAGAAAGUUUCACAGAACAAAGAGUACAAUCUUCAAUCACUUCUUAUAAAAUGGAUUUAAAAGAAAAUUUAAACCUAUUUCGACGUUUUCAAUACUUUGAUAGAACAUAUAGAGAAAUUCAAACAUAUCUUAAGUUAAUUUAA